AUGAAAGGAGAAGCAUGGCAGGGGGCUGAGGACAUGUGCGCCUACUCUGACAUGAAGGAGGCCAACUGGAAAGAUUCAGACAAAUACUUCCAUGCUAGAGGGAACCAUGAUGCAGCCCAAAGGGGUCCUGGGGAAGUCUGGGCUGCUGAAGUCAUCAGUGACGCAAGAGAGGGCAUUCAGAGUCUCAUGGGCCGUGGACAUGAGGAUACCAUGACUGACCAGGAAGCCAACCAUUGGGGCCGCAGUGGCAAGGACUGCCUGACAAAUACUGAGCAUCCUCCUUUCUGCCUCAGGAGGCUGUGCUGCGGGCUCUGGGGUCAGGACAUGGGGUUCUUCACUUUAGUGUCCACUGCACUUGGACUUGUGGAGACCUUAUCGGACAAUCUAGAAGCCAAUUACCAAAAUUCAGACAGAUACUUCUCUGCUCGGGGCAACUUUGAGGUCCAACAAGAGGAGCUGGCGGCGUCUGGGCUGCUAAAAUAA